UGAUGGAGCGAGAUGACUUCUGCUGCAAUAUUGUUUGUUUCCUGUUUUAUUUUUUCAGCUUAGAGUUUGAUUUAGAUUUUUAAAGUAUCCUGAUACUGCCUAUUUAUUUUUUUUAUACAUUUUAUUCGACCUAAGAGCUGCUAUACUUUGGAUUUACACAUACUUUAAUUUUGAAGAGUUAUUGAUCAGAGAGGUGAAAACCUUAUAUUUUCAAACUUUUGUUUUUUCUGUUUUGUGGCUCCAGGGUGUACAUUCCUGCCACUUCAGUUCUCUCAUUUUUGCGCAAAGAUAUUCUGCAUUUAAUUUGGAUAAGAGGGCAAAUUGCACUGCGUCUGUCAUGACCCUUGAUUUUCCAGAAAGAAUGGGUGAUUGACAUUCAACUUAGGCAGCAUGUUUUGAGUCUCUCCGCUCGUCUUGUCACCGUUGUGGCCGCGUGAAAGACUUCAGGUGACAGUUGGAGCCGUUGCAUGACUGCACAACCCUGACGCAUCUGCAGAGCACCAGACUGCGGCAAUGGAAACUAUCACAAACGAAAGUGACUUUUGGCACUUCAACGAAUCCUGGCGGAACUCGAGCCUCCUGAACGGGACCGGUUUGCUGAACCAGACAAACCCUCUGAAGCGGAAUGAGGAGGUGGCGAAGGUGGAAGUGACUGUGCUCGCUCUGGUGCUGUUUCUGGCGCUGGCGGGGAACCUGUGCGUCCUGCUGGCCAUCCAUACCACCAAACACAGCCAGUCCCGCAUGUAUUACUUCAUGAAGCACCUGAGCAUCGCAGAUCUGGUUGUUGCCAUAUUUCAAGUUCUCCCUCAACUUAUCUGGGACAUUACAUUUCGGUUCUAUGGACCGGACAUCCUGUGCAGGUUGGUGAAAUACCUACAGGUCGUUGGGAUGUUCGCCUCCACCUACAUGCUGGUUUUGAUGUCCGUGGACAGGUGUUUGGCCAUCUGUCAGCCUCUUCGGUCUUUGCACAGAAGAAAAGACCGUUUCUAUGUGAUCUUUUCCUGGGUGCUGAGCCUGCUCUUCAGUAUCCCACAGAUGUUCAUUUUCUCCCUGAUAGAGGUGGGCUCUCCUGGAUCAGGAGUGUACGACUGCUGGGGAGACUUUGUCAUGCCAUGGGGAGCCAAAGCUUACAUCACAUGGAUCAGCCUCACUAUAUACAUCAUACCUGUGGCGAUACUGAGCAUUUGUUACGGCUUGAUAAGCUUCAAAAUAUGGCAAAACUUUAAACUGAAAACCAGACGGGAGCAGUGCAUCAGCCUGACCCCCAAAGCCUCCAAAGGAAACACGCUGGCGCGCGUGAGCAGCGUAAAGCUCAUCUCCAAAGCGAAGAUCACCACGGUGAAAAUGACUUUUGUUAUCGUUGUGGCUUACAUCGUCUGUUGGACCCCCUUCUUCUCAGUCCAGAUGUGGUCUGCGUGGGAUCCAGCUGCGCCUCGUGAGGCCAUGCCCUUCAUCAUCUCCAUGCUGCUGGCAAGCCUCAACAGCUGCUGCAACCCCUGGAUCUACAUGUGCUUCGCUGGGCAUCUUUUCCAUGAUCUACGGCAGAACUUUUUGUGCUGUUCCUCUCGCUACCUCAAGUCAUCCCAGUGUCACUGUGAGCGUGACUUUGACUCCAGUCACAAGAGCAACUCCUCCACCUUUGUCAUAAAGAGCACAAGCAGUCAGAGGAGCAUUACACAGACUUCUAGCACAUGAGCACCCGUCCUCUUUUCUUUUAUUUAAACUUGCUUUCGCCUUUCACCACAUGCUGUCGCCAUAUAAUGUCAAGCAGCUCAACUCCCUUGGAUACUUGUUCAGUCCAUGGGGGGGAAAACAAUAAAAUGCUUAAUUCUUAACUUAAUUUCUUUACAAUGUAAAGUGAAACUGAAUAAUGAAAUGUACAGGUGUUAAAAAGGGUGCAACUUCCUUCAAGUAAUGUGUGUGAUAAUCAUUUUCAAGGCUGAGCAAUCAACUGAAUCUUUGUUUUUACAUUUUUUUAUUUUAGGUGUACAGUAUUAUGUUAAGAGAAUUUUUGGAUGAUUUUCAACCUUAGCUGACCACACUAUUGAUUCAGAUAAAGUAACCUGCAAAGCUUAUGGACUCUGUUUGUGUGUGUUUCGAUGAAAUUGUUCAACUGUUCUAAAUAAUCUGUAAAAUGAUGUUCACUUUGUUACAUUUGGAUUGCAUACAUGUAAACUGUUACUGGAGCUAUUGUUGGAUGUGAUACGUAUUUUAUGGCUGUCACUGCUAAUGGUUUUAAAACAAAAGGUGAAAAAUAAAAAAAGAAUGAA